AUGAACAACCUUCUAACCAUUAAAAAUGAACUUCAUUCUUCCUUAAACAACAAACAAAACUUGGGAAUGAUCAGCUUUGAUAUAGUCAAAGCAUAUGACACGGCGUGGAGACCCAGAAUAUUAAAUAAACUCAACAAAAUUAUAGCCAAAGGAUACAUGCUAGAUUUCAUCUCGAAUUUCCUCAACCACCGCACCAUCCAAGUAAAAACCUCCAACACGCUUUCAGACACCUUUCUCCGAGAAAGUGGGGUCCCACAGGGGUCCACUAUCUCUGUAACUAUUUUCCUGAUCGCUAUCAAUGAUAUAUAUGAAGGAAUUUCACGCCCAAACAUACCUCUACUAUUCGCAGACGACUUCACUAUUGUCUGCCGCAGUACAAACGUUAAUUCUAUUCAAUCGAUACUUCAAGAUUCCACGAACAAACUAACGUCCUGA